AUGAGUAAAGAAGAGCGAGAAAAAGGAUGGAGCGAUUUCCAUUCGGCAGUUAUAGAACAAUAUCAAAAGGGGGGAGAAACUGAAAAGCAAGAAUUUAAUCCUAAUGGCAAUGCCAAACAAGGUCAAGAAACUUUUGAAAAAGUUGUGGCAACAAUUUCUAACUAUUAUUUAUUCCCCGAAGAGGAGAUUUCUCCCGAUAAUAGCCCCGAAGCCCAAACCGCUAUUAAGGACUUAGAAGAAAUUUUAGACCAAACAAAGCCAAAUAUAAAAAACGACCCAAAAUUGUUGGAAAAAACUAUCCAAGACUUGGAGAAUUUUGAAAAAAAUAAUGAAAAUAACGGCGGUAAAAACAAUUACGCUUGGGUCAAAUUAGGAGGUGGCGGUAAAUUGAUAGAAUUAAAAAUAAUUAAGUUAAACCAAGAAGGAAAACUUUGCCCUGUCAAACCAAAUUUACAAACUUCCUCUGAUGAUUCAAGAUUUUUCCCAACAAUAGCAUGGUUUAAGGCCGGAGUCUGCAAAACUCCUAUUCGUCGGUUCGAAUCCGACCAGUUCCUCCAAAAAGAAAUUUUAAAAGGAUUAAGCAAGUUAGAAGUUUUUCAGCAAUUUGAAAGGCGAGAAAAGGCUAUUGUUUUUGCUCGCUGGGUUAAUCGAUUUAUAGCAGUAGGGGCUAGUUUUCUGGCUUUGACUGGCCAUCCUAAAAUAGGAGGUGGGAUUGGUUUGUUUUGUCCGCUUGUUGAAGCACUCUGUUUUGACUUUUAUAUAAAAAAUGAAGCAAAAAAACGAGAGUGA